CAAUAUCCUGCAACGUUGCCGCAUCGAAUAUGUCAAGGGUUGAGUGUCGGAGUCUUUAUGAGAAAGUGGUUUUCGUCGCAAAGGGUGAGAAAAAAGCAAAGGGAAAAUUCAAGAAAGUCUAAUCACACGUGGGUCAUGACUACGUCGCACAUCGCGAGAUAUCAGCAUGAGCUUCUGUCCACGGAGACGCUUUCGCAUCACUCCUAUGCGAGCUCUGGCGGCAUUCUUCUUGAUGGUCGUACUGUUCUGGUAUAGCCUCAGUCGGCAAGAGAUUCCGCAGCAACCGUGUAGUAUGCCCGAAGAAUUUACCGAGAAAUUACAUGAUCUCGCUUAUAGGGCUCACCUAGUUCUUACUAAAUUGGGCAUCGUCCACUUUCUCUGUCUGGGCGGCCUUUGGGGUCAAGUUCGAAUAGGCCGCGCACUGCCGUGGGCUCGUAAAGUGGAAUUAUGUUUGGUGGAUACGCUCCGUGACGAUGUCUUAAUCACGAAAGCCUUCCGGGAGGUCGGACUGAGUGCAACUUAUCUUCACGCAGCGGGAAUCUACAGGAUACAGGAGCACGAGGUCGGCGAGGACGCACCCAAGGUGGAGGUAGUCGUUUUCGAGGAAGAUGCAGUGACGCAGAUGGUGAGAAGGGUUGGCUGGACCAGAAGAGUCCUGCCUCCAGAUUGCGAGUUUUCACCGAGUCUACAGUGCUUUCCACCGCAAUUAGUAAUACCUCCUCUACCAGCGAAACAAUUUGGCGGACGACUGAUGCCCGUGCCACGAGAAGGCAUAGAAUUACAAAAGUAUCAUUAUCCCAAUGACUGGUGGUUGGAGAUCAAACCCACUGACUGUACCGAGCCCCAAGACACAAAUGUGUAGCGUACAAUCAAUUAGCCUGGUGCUAGAUAUUAGAACAUUGUAGAUCGCUAGAUCGAAACAUUGUCUAUGGUUCAAUCAGCUUGGAUACAAUCCAGUUAUAGUUUGGUUGAUUUAUCAUGUCUAACUGAUAAUUAGCUUGGAUUAUAAUGAAGAAAGAUACCAGUGUAUUUUAUUAUAGCCAAGAUAAUUCUUAGAAGUAUACAAUGAAUAGAAAAUGUGCAUGUGACAACAACAAUAGAUUCUGAGUUAUUAUAUAAUUAUUUAUAAAAUUUAUUUAAGUUUGCAAAAUGUUUGAUCUGCGUGUACAAGUGACGACGCGAUCAUCGCUUAUAGAAAGUAUUCAAGUGCUGUCGUAAAAUAAAAUCUAUCGAUAAUAUUAUUGGUAGUGAUCGACUGCUAAUCAUCGUAGCGAUUGUACCAUUAGACAGUUUUAUAAAUAGAUUAAAGUUUGAAGUCAUUUUUU